AUGUCGCAGCAGAUGAACGUGGAGAGUGCGCGCGCGUGUUUCGCGAGCGAUCUGGCCAUCGCCACCGCGGCGGCCGGCCGCGUUCCGGCAGGGCCAGCCCUGCCGACCGCCCCACCAUCAGCCGGUGCAACUACGACGAAGCAACCCGCGGAACAGGGAAGAAAUAGUACCUCGACGGCGGAGCCGAUCCUGGACGACGAUAUGGACUGCGUUUCGGACUCGAACGCCGCCACGGCGGAGGAUGACCGAGAAGAAAGGAGACAGUCCGCGCUGUACCGACGAAGCAGACGAGGCAGAUCUUCUAUACGUCACGCAUCGCGCCGCGACGCAACGGAAGAGGGAUUCAAGCUGCCACCACCUAAAAAGCAGCGGCCCCUGCUGGGGGAGGUGGCGUCACUGGAAGCAGCUGGACGUUCACUUGAAGAGCAACAGAGUCAGAGGGACGCGCAACAGCGUGCUGUUAAUGCAGCACAGCAGCAAGAGGAAGGCACACCACCAUCACCGGGCCAGACAGAAGAAGGUCGCGCACCACCGCCAGCUACGACUCGACGAAUACCACCGAUAGUACUGCUGUAA